AAUCCAAGCUCACUACAAAAUGGCGAAAUUCAUUUUAGGAACACAAAUAUCCCGAAGUUAGCCAACAAUCCCUUUCAAUUAUCCCCGUGUAUUUUACCGGCUCAUACGCUUUAUAAUUCCAGUGUGGUAGGGUUUCGCUGUGUGCUGAUACCACGAGUGCUCCUACGCGGUUGACUUUUUUUUUUUUUGAGCAACACAGACCGAACAGAAACAAAUCCUAACUAUUCAACAUCGCCCUUUCUCAGUAAUCAAGUACCAAACUCUGAAAUAGAGGAUAGAAUUAAUGUUUGUACAUUAAUUUUUGUAUUGAAUACAUUUUUUAGAGAUAUACGUUUUAAUCGUUGGGAGGUUGUACAUUUUUUGCUUACGAUUGAGUCGUAGGGGGUUAGUGAAGACAGACUGAAUUUGUGUUGUUUGAUCCAUUUUUCGAAGGGAGAAUAUUUUGAGCUCUCGUUUUUUUUUUUCGAGAAUCCAAACUCGCAUCUAACCGACAUUCCGACGCUGGACAUCUCUGAUACUCGAGGGAGAGAGAGAUUUCGUGAGGAGAUACGCCAAAGGAAAUUGGCGAGGAUAUUAUUCGUGUGUUAGUCGUAACAUCAAGGUGAUAGAAGGAGAUGGUCAUGGAGGCGACCCCCUCAGCUCAGUCUGUCGGUCGUGAGUUUGUCCGGCAAUACUAUACGUUGCUCAAUCAGGCACCAAUUCAUCUACACAGAUUCUACAGCAACAAUUCAUCGUUUCUCCAUGGAGGUCUGUGUACAACUGAUCGUGAGAUUAUUCCGGCAAUUGGACAGAAAGAGAUUCACCAGAAGAUUCAGCAACUCAAUUUCUGCGAUUGUCAUGCCAAAAUUACUCAGGUCGACUCUCAGGCUACCCUCGGUGAUGGCGUUGUUGUUCAGGUGACAGGCGAGCUUUCAAACGCAGGUCAACCAAUGCGUCGUUUCACCCAAACUUUUGUAUUGGCAGCGCAGGCUCCAAAAACGUACUAUGUCCACAACGACAUUUUCCGUUACCAAGAUCUAGGCUUCCUAGACGAAGAGGAAGGUGAAUUGGAGAGUGAGACGGGUUUGGGUGAAGGUAAUGAGCGUGAUGGUGGUGAGGGCCGUUCCGAGGCGGAGGAGGACGACAGCCACCACCCAUCGACAGUGCAGAAUGUUGGAGACCAACAGCAGCAGCAGCAGCAGCAGCAGCAGCAGCAGACCCAUACUAACCUCGUUCCGACUCAGCAGCCAGGAAUAGCACCUCCCCAGCAGCAGAUCUACUAUCCACCUCCCACCCAGCCACAGGUACACCCUGGUAUUCAACCAGUUAUCAAUGGAAGUGUCCACGAGGAGGCACCCCUAAUCAGCCAGCCAUCACUGGCCCCACCCCAACAGCCCCCAACUCAACACCAGUACAUAACCGAGUCAGCACAAGAGCCGUUUCCCCAGGAUCAGGAGAGCACAACGACCGAGUCAGUACAGCAAGUGGCGCAGUCAACUGACGAGGAAAUCCGCCCUGACGAAACGAACGAGCAGCAGGAGAAUGAGAAUUUUCAGAAUUCAUCUGUCGAGCCUGAAGUCGAUCACAAUGUUACUACCAAUGCCAACAAACAGAGGUCCUACGCACGUACAGUUCGAUCCAAUGUUAUCCCUGGCCACAGUCCACAAGUAUCGAAAUUAUCCAUGUCACCUCCACCCAUGACAAUACCCAGUGAUGAUCGUGGUAUGGGAGUAAAGAUAGUGAGCUCUACGGCAGUUUCUUCAGGUAUCAUGUCUUCCGGUCCAACGCAAAUUCAUCGAAUGACUAAUCAGACCCAGCAGCAGCCACCAUCACUGCCCCAACAGCAACGUCCACCUCGUGCUGGCCCACCACAAAAGGACAAUCGUGGACGUAGAGAGUGGCCCGAUCAUCACCAAUUGUUCGUUGGUAAUGUACCUCAUCAGGCAACUGAGAACGAGCUUAGAAAAAUCUUUGAGAGAUACGGGAAAGUAGUUGAUUUGCACAUUCAUUGCAAGCCCAAUGACAGGGGUAAAGGUCCACAGGGACAAAAUAACUCUGCACGAGUGCCUAAUUAUGGUUUUGUCACGUUUGAGGAUGCCAAUGUCGUCCAAAAGGUUCUAGAUGCACUUCCUAUUCUCUAUCCUGAUGACAGUGGUCUUAAGCUCAAUAUCGAAGAAAAGAAGAAUAAAUUGAGGGGACCUGGGGAUAAUAUGCGAUCGAAUCAGGGGGAUGCUGGAAAUAUGAGAUCUUCUAUGGGGGGACCACAACAGCGUGGCCCAGGUGGACCUGGUGGGCCGAUGAGAGGACCCCCACAUGGGUCAAGAGGUAGUCGCGGUGGAUUCCAACGUGGAGACGGUGGUCGAGGUGGAAUGAGGCAACAGAACAACAUGGGCAGUGCAGCUUAUCAAAAUCGCCGUUAAAACUAACCCGGCACUCUCUUUUCUUUCCAAUGUGGAAUAUAAGACGCCAAUUAUUACCCCUUCCAGAUAAAAAUCAACAAAACAAAAUACAAAAGAAGAGUAUAAAGUUGAUGCCGUUGGACGGAUUAAUAAACGAUAAUACACGGCAGAGACAAGGACACUAGUAAUCUAAUGAUCAUAAAAAAAAACUUAAUCGUUGACGAAUGUGUAAUCGAAAUAAGUUUUUUUCCUUCUGUUUCUUUGAAGUGAGAACGCCACUGUCUCACUCCGAAAUUGUGCCUCGGGUUUUCGGAAUAUCUCCCACAGCUCAAUCAAUCGAUUAUCAUGCAGUUAUUUGUCGCCAAGCGACUAAAAUAAACUCUUAAAUUUAUAGAAAAAAAAAAAAAACCUAUUGUUCACACCUCAUCAACCAAUUGCUUCUGCCUUCUGAGGCCCCGUGCAUCAACCCCCACUCUUGUUUACACUCUCCCAUUUUAUAGUUAUAUUCUAGUUUCACUACCACGCCCCCCCCCCCACAUCGUCCGACCAUCAUCAACAUCAUGUGGAUUACAACGUACUAUUUUAUUUGUUUUUGUGGCCAUUGAAAUGAAAAGUUUCAGAGUGAUUUCCCUGACUAGUUACUAAAUAUAAAUUGCCAAGGCUUUGAUGAAUAGUGAUGGACCGAAAAAUAUUUGCAACAUUCCCGAUUCAGAUCACGUGCCAAUGACACUCACUUUGUCAAUAUCUUUAUUUUAAUUACCACUCCAGCAACAAAUCGGUGGUGGAGUGGUGAAACGUCGAAUUGUCAUCCAUAAAAUUUUUAAUUCAACUGCAAUUUUACCACUUUACGACUGAAAUGGUCAACAUAUAACUUUGCUUUGAAACAAAUAAGAAAGCAGAAAGUGUUCUUGAUGUAACAAAAAAUAAAUAAUUAAGUCGCAAAACAAAGUCAAGCCAUAAUUAGAAAAAACUAAGAUACAGAAUGAUGAGUCACGGGAAACUAGGCUUAACUCGUUUUAAUCAACGUAGAGAAUCAUUGCACCUUUAGAGUGUUAAUAACCAGAGGUAUUUAAAUGAUCGGAAUAUUUGGUAAAAUAGCUCGUUGAUUUAAAUAUCUUCAGUAGCUCUACGGCUUUUUCAUGAUUACUUGAAGAGGACAUGAAGAAUUUUUUUGAAUUGAUAAAUUGGAUGGUGAAUCCUGCUUCGAACUGCCGAGAUCAAUCGACCGGUAUCGAUUGAGACAUAAUUAACUAAAAAGAAAACAAAAAAAAUAGAAACAUAAUCCUUAGACACAGCAGCUGGUCUCGCCAUUUUUCCUCUCUUUCAACUCAAAAUUCUACAUUUUUACGAAAGGGUUUAUCGGAACUCUAGCCUUCCAAUUUUUUCAAUGAAAUUAUGAAACGUGAAACGUAAAUAAUACUUUCUAUAUCAUCAUGAAAUUAGUAUCAUGAAAUAAUUGCCAAGCAAUCGCACUCUACCAAUGAAGAUAUUAUUUUUAAAAAAAUUCAACAAAAAAUCGAAACAAAAUAUCCCCCCACAAUCGCAAUGAAAUCCCAUCACUAAACGUAAUUCUUUUGAAUUGCAAGCAUAAGAUAAAAAUAUUGAUAUCAUUGACUGGUUGUAAACAUGGAGGAGAAAUCAAAUAGUGGGGUUACUACUGAAUAUGUUAUUAUCCAUGCAUUUUUAAUUCCUUCUAUGUCUCCAUUACCUGUUUAUUAAUAAAUUAAUUCUUAUGCUUAUUCUUAUUUUCAUAUAACACAAUACAACCAGUUGAUGAUGAAGGGUUUUUUUUGUGAUAAAAUUUAGACGAAUAUUGUAUUGUAUAAAUACCAUAAUAGUACAUGUGCACACAGUGAAUUGAGCGUUAUUAUUCUCCAUUAUCGAAACAUUUGAAUGCGUAACCAGAGUGCCUAUUCUACUCCAACAUUUGAUAGAAAGAAAUUAAUUAAAAAAAUUACUGCAAAAAAUGUCAGAUUAUUAGGAUCAACAGAUUAAAAAAUAAAAUAGGGGAUAGGAGAACGUGGAAUGGUGUAUUAGAUCGUCACUGAGUCAAGACUGAUAGAGUUCAAUUGAAUGAAUCCAUUCAGACGGAACCACGUGGUCAGGAGGUAGGGAUGAUUAAAUUUUUAUUUCACUCCACUUUAUCAGAAAAUAACUAAAUGAACGAAUAAAAAAUUUUCAAAAAAAUGCGAAAUUUGUCUUCAAAUUGAUCCAGGGAAUAGCGUGAAUCUUGCUUAUUCUUAUAACUGUGAUAAUACGUAGCUACAGAGUAAUAAAUUCAUGGAAAAUUAAUGAAAAAAAAAUAUAUAUAUAUAUCUCAUGAUUGAAAGAUAAUAAAACUAAUGAUUAAAAUUACUGGACAAUUUGAAGAUCUUGGCAAGUUUUUAUUCGAUCAUGUAAAUUAUGGAGUGAUAAAUAAAUUAAUUGAAUCAUAGAGUCAAUCAUUAGUCAAAUAGUAUGGAGAAAACGUUCAACCAUUAAUAAAUAAAAAAUCAUGAGUUUUUCCUCCA